UUUGUCAACCUAUUCGGUUCAAUUUCGAUAGCUUAUGGAGAUGGUCAUGUGUGUAGGAACGUGGAUGCUCAUUUUGGUAUUGGGAAGAAGAAUACAUCGAUUUAUUGAUAGGAAGAAACUUAAUAGAUGUCGUGCACUCGUUGGUAGAAUUGAUGCUAAUAAUGCGGGUGCAUGUGCAAUUACAGAAGAAACUAGAGGGGAAGCAACGUCUACUUCUUUAGAAUCAAAAAAGAAGAAUAAAGAAUACAAGAUCAAUAAUCCGCAGAUCAACAAUGAAGACAUGGAGAAGAUGUUGGUCCAACUAGUGAGGCAGUUAUGGAAGUUGGAUAUUUUCCAAAAAUGCCUACUUGUGGUUCUUAUUUUCUUUGGUCUUAGCUAUUCUAGCAAGGAUUUGGCGAAUUAUUAUGUAUCCAAUGCCCUUGAAGAAAAUAAAAAUAUAACACAAAAUUGAAAUGCAAAUUACUGAUUUACGGGCCGGCGCGGGCGGUAGCCAAGCAGACCCCACAAAGCGGACCUGUAGAAGCCGUUUUUCCGUGAACUGUAAACGCAUUAUACGGGAUCUGCUAGAGAUGAGAUGCUCUAAGGAUAUCAAGACCGAUGAUGUAGACCACCUUUGACUGUUCUCACGCGUUUUAGGGGAGGUUUUUCUUUUUUCCAAUUGAGCGAGGAACUGUACUGCACCAGAUCAAUAACUGACGGGGGCAGUUUCAAAAAUUAAACGAGGGAGGGAGACUUGAGAAUUCAGUCUCGCCACACCUCUCGGCCGGCCUCCAGCGCUCUUGCAUUUCCUGCUCCGCUGCCGGGAAGCGAGACACGCCGACCGCCUCCAGCCGGUGAACGCCGUCCCGGACCUCCUCGUCACACGGAAUCGACCGCCAUCAGCCCAUCUCCGGACCUUCAGCCGCCGGAUUUGACCUGACCCUCACCGCUUUCGGGCAAGGCCAACGACUUGCGGUUUCUGAUGCCGGAUCCGGUGUCCGCUGCUGUCGCGGUAGGAUGGGCCAUGAAGGCCGCUGGGUGGGUCGCCUCGCCCAUCAUCUCUGAGCUUUACAAGAACGCCUCCUCCGUCCUCAACUUGGAUGCUUCGGGGAAGCUCAAGGAACUGGAACUGUUCGACGAUCUUAAGUCUGCUUUCUACGAAGCAGAGGACAUCUUGGAUGAUGUUGAGUAUUACCGUCUCGAGAAACAGAUACAAGAUGACUGUCCCAAGUCAGAGGUGGCCGCGCCUCGACGUGACAAGGAUCGCGUCAAGAAGCCCUUACGGCAAAAGGAGUGUGGCAUGUCAAAAACAGAGUUGAAGCAGAGCCUAGAAAAAAUAGAAAAGGUCAUAAAUGAUGCAUGUGGACUUUUUGAACAGAUGAACUUGCCAAACAAAAGUAACGCGAGCAAACCUGCCAACUCACGUGGUGCAGUCACUACGGCGAGGCCUCCAUCUGUGGUAAUCGGACGAGAUAAAGAUUGUGAUACCAUAGUAGCAAUGCUUCAUGAUAAGGAAGAUGCUCAACCAGACACCAAUAGGGCUCAUUGUCGUUAUUCCAUAAUCGGCAUUCAUGGCAUCGGUGGUUCUGGGAAAUCAACCCUUUCACAACUUGUUUGUGCCCAUGAGGAAAAGGAUGGUCAUUUCAACUUUGUUAUGUGGGUUCACGUUUCUCAGGAUUUUAGUGUGGAUACCAUUUUCAGGCAGAUGUCUGAGGCCGCUACCAGGACCCCGUGCCCUCAGUUCAAUAAUCUUGACGCCUUACAAACUAAUUUGGAGAAGAUACUGCAUGGAAAACGGUUCCUCUUGCUACUAGAUGAUGUUUGGUACAACAAUAGAGAUGUGAGGCAGUAUGAGAAGCGGCAACAGAUACUUUCACCGCUCAACGCUGGAGGGACAGGAAGCAAGAUCCUGGCGACUAGUCGUACUAAAGAUGCAUUGAUAGCUCUGGGUGCUGCAGAGCAGAGAUGUAUUCCCAUGCCAGUCCUAGAUGAAGAUGUCUUCCUGAAAUUGUUCAAGCACUAUGCAUUUCACAACGUGUGCGUUGCUGCUGAUGACCGAGUAAGACUCAAAGACAUUGCAACUCAGAUUGCAAGAAAGCUGAAGGGAUCACCCCUAGUGGCCAAAAUUGUUGGAGAGCAGCUACGUAUGAGACCAAACACUGAUUACUGGAGAAGUUCCCAAGAUGUGAACCAUUUGGAUGACACCAUGGGAGCUCUGUGGUGGUGCUACCAACAUCUUGAUGAACAGAUCAGACGAUGCUUUGCUUACUGCAGUAUGUUUCCUCGAAGACGUUACUUGGAACGACAUGAGUUAGUUAAGCUUUGGGCUGCAGAAGGGUUUGCGAGAAGUAGCAAUGAAGGGAAGGAUUUGGAAGAUGUUUGCCAGGGAUACUUUGAUGAACUAGUGUCAGCCUCAUUUCUGCAACCUGAAGUAAAGAAGUACUCCAGUAAAAAAGACACUUAUAUUGUUCAUGAUCUGUUGCUUGAUUUAGCAGAUAAGGUCGCUGGAAAUGAUUGUUUCAGAAUAGAGAAUCAAUGGAAACAGAUAGGAGAUAGCUUGAUAAUGGAAGGAUGUGAAGAGGAAGUUCCCCCAGACGUCCGCCAUCUUUUUGUUCAGACCUAUGGUUCAGAAUUGAUAAAUGACAAGAUAUGUAAAUUGGACAACCUGCGCACUCUCAUCAUUGAUAGUGGAGAAAGGAGAAAACCAGUUGAGGAGAAAGUCCUCAAGAAUCUGUUUGUGAGGAUAAGAAAGUUGCGGGUGCUUAUCAUCCGUGGCUAUAAUGGUCAAGGUGCAUUGUCAGUCCCAAAAUCUAUUUGUCAGCUAAGGCAUCUACGGUAUCUUGCUUUUUUGACCAGAUACGAUACAGGUGGCAGGCUGGUUUUACCAGGCACUUUGACCAAGCUAUACCACAUGCAGGUUCUAGAUUUUGGUAGUAUUGGUUCUUUGGUGUUUAACUCUUGUGAAGGCUGACAUUACUCCGAACGAUGGAAACAUUGAAAGUAAGAAGGGAAGAAGGGUGCGGGUUAAAGCAACUCAGCAACCUAACCAGCUUCGUGGCAAACUGUGUAUCCGUGGCCUCGAAAACGUUGAAAGCCAGCAGGAAGCUCUUGAAGCCAAUCUGGCCGAUAAAGAAGGGCUCAGAACAUUGGAACUGAAGUGGAAAUAUAAUUGGAGAGCAGAG